UGUUUUUGUAUGUCUAUUAUCUAUGGUCUAUUAUAUUUAAAAUUUAGAAGUAAACACGUGGGAAAAUAAUUAUUGUUUUGAGUGGUAUAUGUAUUAUUUAUUACUGCUAACAGCUUUAACAAUUAAUUGGUACUAUAUUUGAAUAGAAUGGUUGUUUUUACUUGUAACCAUUGUGGAGAAACAUUACACAAACCCAGUGUAGCUAAGCAUUACCAGUUCCAAUGUAAAAAUUAUAAAUCUAUUACUUGUGUAGAUUGUUUUAAAGAUUUUCUCGAUGAAGAGUAUGUUGCCCAUACAAAAUGUAUAACGGAAGACGAGAGGUAUGCAGCAAAAGGUGCUUAUCAAAAUGGUAUUGUAAAAAAAGGUGAAGUUAAACAAGAGAGUUGGCUAGAAAUGAUUAAAUCAAUUUCUGAAUCUGAAAAAAAUCUUCGACCAUCGUUAAAAAACCUGUUAAAUACCAUAUCGAGUUACAGUAAUGUUCCUAGAAAAAAAGUAAAAUUUAUGAAUUUUAUUAAAAGUUCAUCAGGAGGAAGAGUUAAUAUCAAUGACAUAGAGGAAGUAUGGAGUUUAAUUGAAAAAUAUAAAGAAAAAAAUACACUUGAUAAGCAAAAAAUAGCUGAUAAAAAUGGAAAUAAACCAAAUGAUGAAAUACAAUCUAAAGUAGACAAUAGAGAAAAUUCAAAUGUUACGAAAAAAAGAAAAACACCAGAUAUUGAAAAAAAUUCCUUAAAGGACAAUCAAGAACACUUGCAAAAAAAGAAGAAAAAGAGAAAAGAUGAAGAGAAUAUACAUAAUGUAGAAGAAAUUAAUGCUGUUAAUGUUAACAUACAAGAUAUUACUUGUAAAAAUUUUAACAUGAAACAAGAAAUUUUAGAAAUAUUAAAUCUUAAAAAAGAUAUUUCUUUGAAAAAAUUGCAAAAGAAAGUAUUGAAAGCUUAUGUUAAUUCUGUAGGUGAGAUCGAAUGUCAGGAGAAAAUUGUUAAGAAGUUUAAUAAAAAAUUAAGUAAAAUUACUAAUAUAAAGAUCGAAGAUGACAGAAUAUCACUCAUUAUUUAAGUUUUAAUUGUAAAUACAAAUGUAUAGAAAUAUAUAUAUAUGUUGCUUGAUUGUAUCUUGA